AUGGAUUAUGAGACAGGCUGGAAGGGCUUUGCAGAGUUUCGAGAAGUACGUGAAAAAUAUGACUUCUUCACAAUUUGCCGCACGCCAAAAUUAGCAACACUAAUCACACUUCAGCCUAUUGAGCGAUAUCGUGAUUUAUUUGACGCUGCGAUAAUAUUUUCGGAUAUUCUCGUAAUACCUCAAGCAUUAGGUUUGGAGGUUGAAAUGUUACCCGGUAAAGGACCACACUUUCCCAACCCUUUAGAAGUUCCUCAAGACAUUGAUACCAGAUUACGUAAACAUGUAAAUGUAUAUGAAGAACUUGGAUACGUUUUCGAAGCUAUUACCAUGACAAGGAAAGCCUUAGAUGGAAGAGUUCCUUUAAUAGGAUUUAUUGGUGGGCCUUGGACUUUGAUGGCAUAUAUGAUUGAGGGAGGAGGUAGUAAUAAUUUAUCAAAGGCAAAAAAAUGGUUAUUUAGUUAUCCAGAAGAAUCAAAAAGAUUAUUACAAAAGAUCACCGAUAUUUGUAUAGAAUUUUUAAUUGGACAAAUUAAAGCUGGAGCACAGAUGAUUCAAGUGUUUGAGUCAUGGGGCGGUGAAUUAUCACCUUAUGAUUUCAAUAUUUUCUCGUUGCCAUACAUUACUCAGAUAGUUGAUAAAGUUAAAUCACAACUUAAGCAGGAGGAUAUUGAACCAGUUCCAAUGACGAUAUUUAGUAAAGGUUCUUGGUACGCUCUUGAAUCAUUGUCUAAUAUUGGGUAUGAUACUGUUUCAUUAGAUUGGACUAUUGAUCCCGCGUAUGCCAAGGCUAUUACUAAAGGUAGGGUCACUCUUCAAGGUAAUAUGGAUCCCACCGUAUUGUAUGGAAGUCACGAAGAAAUUAGAAGUACUGUUAGGAGGAUGCUUGAAAAUUUUGGUACUAGUGAAAAGUAUAUAGUAAAUCUUGGUCACGGUAUUUUACCCACGGUCGAUCCAGAGAAUGUUAAAGUUUUUUUGGAGACUGUUCACAAAGUUGGAAAUCAAAGGAUUGAUAUGAAUGGACAGUCUCACAAUACAGGUUAUACAUCGUUUGCCCUCCUCGUUCAUCUUACGAUAAUAUUUCAACAUCUUCAUACAUUAUUUAUUACACCAUCGACCUCUAUACCAUCAUCACGUCUUACGUCAUUUACUCAAUUGGUGUAUGUUACUACUACUUGUUUUCAUAUCGCCACUUUGUUAGCCAACCUAUUCAAAAAAAGUCAAGUAGAAAAAGCACUCGUUUUAUAUGGAACUUGGGUCAUAUGGUCAGGUUGGGCAAUGUGUUUAUGGCUUAUAAAACCUGAGAGUCGUCCUGAUUCAUUAAUAUCAAGACCACUUACAAUAAGUAGUAUGCAAGGUUACUACUAUAACUAUUAUGUCAACAGAAAUGGUUCUGUAAUGCUAUAUGAUUUAGAAUAUCUUAUAGAACCAAUGGAUGUCGCCCCUUUUCUAACUCAUGGAAAAUGGAAAUCAACUACUUUGCCCAUAUUAUCUUUCAUUCUUCUCUUAGCAAUGCGCCGAAAUCAUUGGGGUUUGAUAACUUGGGAACAUUUGACUGUUCUAGAUUCUGUUAAAUCUUGGUCUUAUCGAACUUGGUGUAUCGCAGGAUCAGCUGCUGGUUGGAUUCUUUUCUGGGAGGCUAUAAAGUUUUGGUUUCACGUACCUUUCAAUUAUACAGGUUCUGUUGAUGAUGGAAUUACUCUAUAUCAUACUGAUCUUUCUAGGUUUCCCAAUCUAUUUGACAUUCUCUGGGGUAGUAUUAUCUCUGGAAUAUUCAUGAUUUGCUGGUGGAGCUUUUGGACCUUUCAAUAUCGAGGUGUUGUUUGGAAAAAAGAACUAAAGGAAGGAGUGGUAGUUUGGUUUGAUGGGUUUGUUCAAGUCGGUGGUGUUUGUUAA